AUGGUUUUUCUAUGUGUAAUCAGUUUGAAUUCAUCCCGUAAAUUAUGUAAUCUAUCUUAUGUUUCAAGUACGGCAGGUUUAGCUUGCGUGUCGUUGGCAUGUUUUGGUAUCAUUCAAUGGUUAUUAUUAAGACAUGGAUAUUCAACGGAAUCGAUUUUACUUAAAACUAUGAAUCAAAAAGGUUUAGAUGCAUUUUUAAUUGGAAAUGUUUUAACAGGGAUUAUUAAUUUAAAUAUCAAUACAAUUGACACAUCAGAUAUUAUAGCAUUAUUAAUUAUUUUUAUUUAUCUAUUUCUUGUUACUUUAUGUGCGUAUUUUUUUCCAUCCAUCAUUAAACUAGUUCUGAAACAUUUAAAACUCACGAAAUCUUAA